AUGUACAAUCCUGGCAUGUACCAGCAGGCCGCAGUGUCGCCAGCUAAUGCCGUCUACCAACAACACACGAUGCCUUCUACGUCGAGCUUUCCCGCCGAUAUGCAGGUACACAUCAACUCUCAGCAGCCAAGCAUGCCAAACACAUCCUCGAAUCCCGACAUGUCAGGGCACGCUGCCGAUGCCUCUGUGGACACUAACGACCAAGAUGACGAAGAGGGUGCUGGCAAGAGGAGGAGAGUCCAGCGCGCAUGCGACACAUGUCGAAAGAAGAAGGUCCGCUGCGAUGGCCUUCAGCCAGAGAAAGGCGCUUGUUCCAACUGCGCCAACUAUGGAUACGAGUGCACCUUUGUCGACGCAGCACGAAAGCGCGCACCACCCAGAAGCUACGUCGAGGCCAUCGAGGCUCGAAUCGUCAAGAUGGAGCAACUCGUCUCUUCUCUAGCACCAGGCGUUGACUUCACCGACCGCAUCGGCAAGCCCAUCAGGCGGCCAGAUGAGAAAGGCGAUGAGGGCAACAGCGACUUCAACCAGCCUUCACAAGCAGCUUCGGUGAAAGCUGAACAUCCUCUGCCUGCCAUCUCGGUCGAAAGAGCCAACAGUUUCUGUGCUUCUGGCACAUCCAUCUCCCAGAUGCUCUCGCCAUCCCAUGCCAAGGUGCGCAGCAAUACCGACUCCUUGAACGAGCAGAGCAGCGAAGAUGACUCGGAAGAUGACAUCGCUUUCAUCGAAAGCAGAUUCGGCGACGUCAAUUUGAAGACACUGCCCACCGAGACUUCCAGUACAGCCACUUUCGAUAGCAGUCGUUCCGAGCGCCUCAUCCUUAAUGGGUCGGCAAAGGCAGAUCCUGCUUCAGAAGCUACAGGGACACACAAAUUUAUUGGCAAAGCCAGUGCCAUGCAUUCCCUUCCUAUCCUCGAAAGGCUCAGCAGCAAAAGCUGCAUCGAACUUGGCAUUCAUCCCAAGGGUGCAAGGCCAGAGUACUGGGCAAUACCUGCAGGUUUCAUCGACCCUCCUGGAGAUCCCGCCGUCGCCGUCACGGCGUGGCCCGCAGCUGACCUCGCCGACAAGCUCAUCAAUGCUUACUUUGGCCGCAUGAACCACGAAUUCCCUGUCGUCAACGAGUCACAGUUUCGCGACGAGUACAUGAAUCACCCGGAACUGCGUCAAGAUUCCGAGUGGCUCGGACUCGCCUUCUGCAUCUUCAUGGUUGGCAGCCACUAUCUCGUCGACGACAGGGUCAGGGCUUUCUCGAGUGAUCCACACUCGCGCGGAAUGCACUGGUGGCAGGCUGCCAAGGGCCUCAUGUACCGCAACGCUCAAGUUGUGAAGCCACUCUACCACAUUCAAUGCCUCUUGCUCUCCACUCUCUUUCAGCUUGGUCUUCCACUCGCCGCCUCCGCCUCCUGGCUUCAUCUCGGCGGCGCUAUUCGACUCCUGCUCGACGUUGGAGCUCAUCGAAAGCAAGCAGCCAAGAAGCUUGGUCUUUCUAGGAUUGAACAAGAGACCUACAAGCGUACCUUCUGGGUCGCUUACAGUCUCGAUCGCGAACUUGCCUCCUCGCUCGGCAGGCCCAUCAUGCUUCAGGAUGAGGACAUUGACGUCGAGCUUCCCAUCGAGAUCGAUGACGAGUAUCUCUUCAACACACCGGAAGGGCAACCUCUGCCCAAGCAGCCGGGAGGCAAGCCGGCUCUGAUUGGUGGGUUUCUUUGCUCGCUCAGACUUGACGAGAUCGUCGGACGCACCCUCAAGACUGUCUAUGCGCUGCACAAGACCAAGUUGCGAUUCGGUAUCAAUUCGAGAGAGUGGGACGAAAGACUGGUCACCGAAAUUGACUCGGCACUCAACAACUGGCUUGACACAGUCCCACCACACCUCCGCUACGACCCUCACGAGACCGACGACGAAUGGUUGAUGCAGUCUUCGCUCCUUUACUCCAAGUACUACAACUGCCAGCUUCUGGUUCAUCGUCCAUUUAUCCCUGCCAAGAAGGGAUCCAACCAGAACUCGAUCCUCAAUUUCCCUUCGCUCGCCAUCUGCACCAAUGCUGCACGAAGCAUCAGCCAUCUUAUUCAGAACCUCAAAGACCGCGAACUGCAUAACGCUGUCGGCAUUCCCGUUGCAUUCAGAUCGAUCUCUGCCAGCUCAAUUCUUCUGUUGGUCGUCUGGGGUGCCAAGAGGAAUGGCGGAAGGGUUUCCAGCUCGGCAUCAACAGACUUGCGUCGCUCGAUCGAUGUCUUGCGAUCCAUGGAAGCGCACUGGCAAUUCUGCGGCAAGGCAGUUGACAUUCUCGAGUCCGUCAUGACUUCGACGCAUGUCACCGUCCCAAGAAAUAGCUCUUUCAAUGAGCAGGGGACCAAGCGGUCUCGUGAUGGUGAAGAGGUGCAGGACGGCCAGCUUGAAGAAGAGACUUCAUCGGCGCUGCCCUCGGCCAGGAACGGAAAGAAGUCAGACGCAUCAACUGGCAAGAUUGGAACCAAGGCAAACGGCAAGAUUGCGCAUGGUGGCAGCGCCGAUGGUCAGCCGCUAGCUCCCGAAGCAAGGCAAUUGCCCUUGUCGACACAGCAGCUCGCCUCCAUGACGCCACGAUCCAGUGCAGAGCAGUCGCCAUCAUCGGCCAAUAAUGACGGCAACACCAUGCCUUUCGCUGAGUCGGACGCACAAACCACGUUCUUCGGCGAUCCUUUCGAUCCCAAGACGCCUCAAGCCGCACCUCGCGCUCGCAUGCCCUCUUUGGGUGGCGCUUCUGGCAUUCCAGCGUCUCUGUCUUUUGGUCUGAUGACCCCUUCAGCCGCGAACUGGGGCAACAUGGCGCAGAACUAUUACAUGCAAGAACUUCAUUCUCAAGCACAUGCAUCUCAAACUCUCCCCGCCAUCACCCCUUCCAUCUUUGACAACCUCGGCUUGCCUGCAGGCUCAAAUGGCUUCAUGGGUACCAAUAUUGGCGACAUGUCUGAUAUGGCGCAAUUUGGCUUCGGCGCAGAAGGCGAGGAAGGUCUCGGUGUCAAUGGAGACAUGUGCGGCAAUCUUGAUCGCUACUACACCGGAAUGGAUGGGCAGGGUCUCUCGACCAACGGCGAAAACACCACGCAAGGCUCUCAAAUAAAUAUACCGCAGUCAGACAGCAGCAACGGCCUCACGAAUUAUGCAUUCGAGCUGCUGCAGAAGCAGAGCGUCUGGAAUCUGGACGAGGAGUCGCUUAACUUUUUGCAGCAGCAAGGUCAACGUUGGUGA